GACUUGGCUGGUCGCGAUCUUACCGAUUACCUCAUGAAGAUCCUCACCGAGAGAGGCUACAGCUUCACUACCACGGCUGAGCGAGAAAUCGUCCGCGAUAUCAAGGAAAAGCUAUGUUACGUCGCUCUGGACUUCGAACAGGAAAUGGCCACCGCUGCUGCCAGCACCUCUCUCGAGAAGAGCUACGAGUUGCCCGAUGGUCAGGUUAUCACCAUUGGUAACGAGAGGUUCCGCACACCAGAGGCUCUCUUCCAACCUUCCUUCCUGGGUAUGGAAUCUUGCGGUAUUCACGAGACCGUCUAUAAUUCCAUCAUGAAGUGCGACGUCGAUAUCCGUAAGGAUCUCUACGCCAAUAAUGUCCUCUCCGGUGGUACUACUAUGUAUCCCGGUAUCGCCGAUCGUAUGCAGAAGGAAAUCACCGCCCUCGCCCCCUCGACCAUCAAGAUCAAGAUCAUCGCUCCUCCUGAGAGGAAGUACUCCGUAUGGAUC